AUGCAGGCUCCAACACUAACGCAGAAGUUCACGCAGGCAAGCCGCUGUGUUGUACAGAACUGUCAGGCGGCACCAGGGAGGAAGAGAACUCAAAACCCCCAACCGACCGCCCCGGGGCUGCUGCAUUUAUUAGGAAGUAGGGAUGGUCACACAUCCUGGCAGUGCCGGCGCGUCCUCCCGUUAGUCCCAGCACUUCCAGCCCGGCCGGAGCAGGGGAGGGGAACAGACACGCCCGGCACCGCCGGACUGGGGCCCGGCACCGCCGGACCGGAGCCGAACCAGCCCCUCUGCCUCCCCACGCCCGGACCUCGGCGGAGGACCCGGGGAGGGGGCGGGAUCCGCGCCCGCCGCGCUGCCCCUGCCCCGCCGGGGCGGAGCCGCCGCCGGGCGAGCGGCGCCUCUGACACCUCCCCGUGGGACGCCACCGGGACGCCACCGGAUGCGGCCGCCGCCGCCGCCCCGGCACAGCGAAACGCGAGCGGCGCCGGUGCCCGCCCCGCCCCGCCCCGCCCGCAGGGAAUUCUAACACACCACUUCUCAAAGCAACUGUGGAUGUUCCACCCUUGAAUGGGGAUGCCCCUCCAAGCUACUCCUCAAGGCUGAGCAGAAGAGAUUUGCC